GAGGAGGUGAGACAGCUAGACAGGAAGACAGAUCCAGAUCGAUGAGACCGAAACAAAGAACUGCCAUAGAACUUUGCUGCAGGGUGUUUUUGUUUUUUAUUCUUCUUCUUCUUCUUCUUCCAGCUUUUAAGUCUCAUAAAGCUCACUGAUCACCCAGCUCUCCAAAACUGAGAAGAUGCCCAAUUUCUCACAGUGCGUAGUCCCUUGGUCCUCAAUGUGGCUGGCAUCUUUGCUUAUUUUGAUGGUGCAGUCGGUGCUCUCUUCCUCGUACUCUUCAUCCUCGACGUAUCAGAGACCUGCAGCUGGCGGGAAGCGGCCGGGCUUCAUGGGGAGGACGUUGGUUCUCCUGGAUGUCAACACUCGCAGUCCGAUCAGGGUACUCAACGACAACUUCCUCUCGCUGCAGCUGGACCCCUCGAUCAUCAAAGACGGCUGGUUGGACUUUCUGAGCUCCAAGCGACUCGUGACCCUGGCGCGCGGCCUGUCGCCUGCUUUUCUACGUUUUGGUGGAAAGCGAACCGACUUCUUGCAGUUCAACAACCAGAAGAACCUCGCUAAGUUCAGAGGACCAGGGCCAGACUAUUAUCUGAAGAACUACGAGGACGACAUAGUGCGCAGUGACAUUGCCUUGGACAAACAGAAGGGAUGCAAACUGGCCCACCAUCCUGACAUCAUGCUGGAGCUACAAAGAGAGAAGGCUGCCACUACACAACUGGUCAUGCUGAAAGAGCAGCUGUCCAACAUCUACAGCAACAUUACAAUAACAGCCAGGUCUUUAGACAAACUGUACAACUUUGCCGACUGUGCUGGUCUGCACCUGAUUCUGGGGCUCAACGCGCUACACAGAAACCCAGACAACUCCUGGAACACCUCAUCCACACUCAGUCUGCUGAAGUACAGCGCUGGCAAGAAGUACAACAUCUCCUGGGAGCUGGGCAAUGAGCCCAAUGCCUACCGCAGCAUGGUGGGUCGUGCCGUAAACAGCACCCAGUUGGCUCAGGACUACACCAAACUGCGGACCCUGCUGCAGUCUGUGCGUUACUACCACCGAGCUCACCUCUUUGGCCCAAAUGCUGGACGACCCCGGAAGAAUGCCAUGCUGCUGCUGGAUGGGUUCUUGAAGAAUGCUGGCUCUGUUGUAGAUGCUGUUACGUGGCAACAUUACUACAUGGAUGGCAGAGUGAACAAAGCAGAGGACUUCCUAAAAACUCGUCUUUUAGACACACUGACGGAGCAGAUUACUAAAGUCACCAAGGUUGUGAACACACAUACUCCUGGUAAGAAGUUGUGGCUGGGUGGACUGGGGCCAGCUUGGGCAGGAGGUGUCAAUAAUCUCUCUGACACAUAUGCUUCCAGCUUUCUGUGGAUGAACACAUUGGGUGUGGCAGCUGUGCAUGGCAUCGAUGUUGUUUUGCGUCACUCAUUCUUUGACUAUGGAUACACACACCUUGUGGACCAGCAUUUUAACCCUUUACCUGAUUACUGGUUCUCUCUGGUCUUCAAGCGUCUGGUUGGUCCAAGAGUUUUAGCUGUGCGGGUGGCUGGACUGCAGAGGAAACCACAGCCAGGGCGAGUGAUACGGGACAAGCUGCGGAUCUACGCCCACUGCACCAGCUACUACAAUCACAACUAUAUGAGGGGGUCCAUAACAAUCUACAUCAUCAACCUGCAUCGGUCAAGAAAGAAAAUCAAGUUGGCGGGAACGUUACGGAACAAGACUGUCCAUCAGUACUUGCUGCAACCCUACGGCACAGAUGGACUACGAGCCAAACACGUGCAGCUGAAUGGGGAAAGGCUCCUCAUGCAGGACACAGAGACAUUCCCUGAGUUGAAGCCCAAGACACUGAGGGCUGGAAGGACAAUAGCUAUGCCUCCCAUGACCAUAGGCUUUUAUGUAAUCAAAAACAUUAAUGCAUAUGCCUGUCGAAGAUAACAGAAACCCUUCACCCCCAAAAUGCAGAACCACCAGCCCCCCACCAGCUUAACUCCAAUUUCUAAAACCAAAACACUACUCAGAGGAUUUUGCCAUCUUAUUUUAGGACACUUGAGCAGCGUGGACACUUGAAUACACCACAAUGCCCUGGUUAAAUAGCAUCCUCUUUACCACUGUGACAGAUUCUGUGGUAAUGUUGAAGCCACUCUUUCCCCCCGUUCCCUUCUCUGUUUCUACAAAGACUUGCUCUGAACUUAUUUAAAGGGCUGCACUGAACACUUUUUCUUUCUUUUCACUAGCAGUUUCAAAAUGCUGCAAGAAUCAUAUGGACUGUUAGUGUUUUGUGAAUUUGAUGACAUUUGUAUUUUCUUGUCAAGGUAAUAGAGUGAAAAUCUACAUUGUUUGAAGCUGUAUUUUAUUCUCUUUGACCGUCAAACGUUUGGCCUCCUCAGUAAAAAUUUUUUACUGACCUACAAGGGAAAAAAAACCUAUUCUGCCCUUUGAAGGAAAAUGCUGUAUGUGUAUGUUUAUGUAUGCAUGUGCUCUAUUGAUGAAGCUACUGAUGUGCCUGUUCAAUCUUUUGGAUGUGCCACUGAAAGCAUGAUUUUUCUCCCUUACCUUAUCAACAGGCUGAAACUGAAAAUCUUUUUCCUUUUUUGUACCGUUGUCCUUCUGAGUUGCACAUUUCCAUUUAACUGUGGAGCAUUACAGCCAGGAUGUUAUUUUUCAGUAAUGGAUCGCUAAAGAACAAUGUGAACCCAUCCAUCACAAGCUUCCAGCAAUCUGGGUUUUGUUAUACAGUACUUUUAAAAACAUCUAAAGUCACGGUUUUUCUGGUGCAUUUGAACGUAUCUUAUUCCUCCUUCGUGUGAUCAUACAUUUAUUAAUCCUUAAAUGCUGCUAGGUUUUUUUUUUUUUACAGAAUAUACAUUAUAUAUUUCACAUUUUGUACAGAUUUACUGUCAUUACAUAAUGUGUUGUACAUAAAAAGUGAAAGAGAUUUAAGCUUGUAACAUUACAUUCAGUAUACGCUUAAUUUAUAUGAUAAAAUACAUUGUACUUUAUAUUUCUAUUACAGAAGGCCCAUGUUAGUGGUACUUAUGUCCCAACUUUAAAAGAAAAUAAAAAAUAGUAAAGAAUGUAACUGAACGAUGGGACAACUGUGCUAAUAUAUAGAUGGUCAUAUAAUUUCUUUUUUCAAGAAAAAAACAUUACCCUGUAGUUCUUGUUUUAUAAUAUUUUGACAAUCCUAUUUAAAGAAGGUCCUGUUAUUGUUCAACUAAAACUACACACUACCUGGAAAGAUUUAAUCACAUUCCUCAUCUUCUGCUCUGAACUAAACCAUAACAGUUCAAAACGUACACAGUGGACAAUGAGCGAGAGCAGGUUUGGUGUCUGAACAUAUUAAAUAUAAAUAUUAUUUGCCUCUGAAUGUGUUUAUACUUAAUGUAGAGAUGUUCAUAUUUGUUUUGGAGAACAUUAUUUUAAUAUGUAAAUUGUGCCUAUAUUAUUUUUUGUUUAAAAAAAAAAAGUUUACAACGGAAAUAAACACA